CGCUUCACCACAGCCCGUCCUCGGUGGGGCUAGAACGGACAGAGUCGGGGACACUGAGGAAUGCGGAGCCGGGAUUUUGUCUCUUCCAGCUCACCUGCGGAACUCUUCGCAGAGCACCCCAAAUCGACCUACGCAGCCGGCGAGCACGCAGGGCACCAUGCUGAGACAGAUCCUCCUGAACUCCACCGACACGCCGGACUUCGACUUGGUACUCAUGGCCCAGUCGUCCACGCACGCCCCCGCCUCCCUAAACGCCUCCCACGGCGGCUCGGUAAGUGUGGCCGCACUCCUGAGACCCACCACGGGGCGGGGUGGAGGGCUCCGCGAUGGAGAGCUCCACAAACCGGACCUGAUCACCUACAUAGUCAUGUGCCUACUGCUCUUCCUGUUGGUGCUGCUCAUUGUGUUCUUCAUCAACUGCCAGCUCCGGAACUCUUUCUUCGCCUCCAUGCCAUAUGACAGGUCGCUGAGAGAGGCCCGGACAUCGUACAAGUAG